UCCUUCUUUAGAAAUGGAGACUUCUGAAUCGUGACAUCAGCCACCAACAAACCGAUUCUUCACUGGCCGGUCGCAUUAUCCCACUGAAACGCCAUCCGAAUCUUUAAGGUUGCAGCAAUCCGUCAGCGUUAUCUUGACCGCUAAAGUCCCUGUCUAGGCAGCAGCCCUUUUCAAAUUGCUCGUCGUGCAAGAAGGGAGGAAUAGAUGAAAGUAAUCCACCCCCGUGGAUGUCCAGAGGGGGAGUGAGUAGGAUCGUUCAAAGCUUAGUGCACUGGCUAUCCACCUGCGCAGUCGAUCGUGCACGGGUAACAACGGAACAUGCAAUGUAAGGUUAAUUACUGCGUGCAGCAGUCCUGACCACUCACGUUGGCCUCUGCCCACUGUCCGUCCCCUCUCGCUACCGUGAUAUGAGAUGCCUCUAAACUCAUUCCUGGCCCUUUCUUACAGCACCAAUGACGCUCUGGAAAAGGAGAGAAGGAUGGGAUGGGGAAACCAACUAGCGGUCGUGGCCGCCGUGCUGGAGACAGUGAUUUCACGUCGAAUUUCCCCUCCGCACGCGCCCGUCCAAUCGACUCCGUCCGAGUCUGUCCGGAGGAAAGCGACGGGCUCGGGCUGAAUUCGGCUGUGGUUGGCGUGCUGGAGAGACGACCGGGGGUGGUUUGAAGCUGAUUUAGUGUGGUUUUUUAGGGUCGUCACUGAACAGUUGAGGGGAACACAGCCAAUCGAGGCACGAAUUCCCUUUCCCUAGUUGGGAGACCGGUCAUCAUCGACCAGAGAGGCAUGGAUAGAUUGAUGCGUUGAGAUCGCUCGUGCUGACGGUUGCACAAGACCCGGGAGUUGGGGGCCAUAUCACAUUCCGGCCGGAGAAGUCGAAAUCGAUCAGCACGGAAUUAUUUGCCUUUUUGCCAAAUGUGUAAUUG